AUAACUUUUCCUUUUAUUCUAGCAAUGGUGGCACAACUUGCUGACAAUGUUGAACUUUUACGUACACGAGUACUAGUAGAACGUGAUAGAGUCACCAGUGUAAGCGGUAGUGAUUAUCCUCAUCAAUAUCCUGGUAUUAGUAAUGCUUGGGACUUGGAAGAAUUUAAAAAGAACUUUCAAGUCAAGAUCAACCGACUUUCCCAACACAGUAUAGAAUUUGACCUUAUUGGUAUUGAUGCCUCUGUUGCUAAUGCUUUUAGACGUAUCUUGAUUGCUGAAGUACCUACGAUGGCUAUUGAACACGUUUAUGUUAUGAACAACACUUCCAUUAUUCAAGACGAAGUCCUUGCCCAUCGAUUGGGUUUGGUCCCUAUUAAAGCACCUCCUCAUGCUUUUGAUUACAAGUCAGCUGAUGAUGGACCCACAGAUUUGAAUACUCUUGUGUUCAAGCUCAAGGUGAAAUGUGAAAGAAAUCCUGAUGCUGCUGAAGGUGAAACUGAUCCUAGCAAGUUAUAUAUUAAUAGUCAUGUUUAUUCUCGUCAUUUGGUAUGGGAACCUAAAGGUGAUCAAGCUGAAAAGUUUGCUGAUGAUCCUAUUCGACCAGUACAAGAUGAUAUUUUGAUUGCUAAACUUCGACCAGGACAAGAAAUCGACAUGGAAUUACAUUGUACCAAGGGAGUUGGAAAGGAACAUGCCAAAUGGUCACCUGUAGCUACAGCUUCUUAUCGACUUCUUCCAGAAAUUACUAUUUUGAAACCUAUUACUGGUGAUGAUGCUAUCAAAUUCAAGAAUUGUUUCCCUGAAGGUGUGGUGGCUUUGGUUGAAAAGGAUGGUGUAACUACUGCAAAGGUUGUUAAUCCACGUAAGGAUACCGUUAGUAGAGAAGUAUUACGACAUAAGGAAUUUGAAAACAAGGUGCGAUUGACUCGAGUCCGUGAUCAUUUUAUUUUCAACGUGGAAACAACUGGUAUCAUCCCUGCUGAAAAUCUUUUUGUUUUAGCCGUGAAUGUUCUUUUAGAAAAGAUUAGAGUGAUCCAACCAGCUCUGGAAAAAGCGACCAACGAUGUAUAGAUUCUCUUUUUUUUUUUUUUUUAGUUUUUUAUUUUUAUU